CGAUGCCAGCCCGUGUCCUUCAGCGCAGAGCAGCGUAGAGGAGACGUCUCUGCCUCCGAGGACAGUUUUUAAAAACUGGACACCAGAGAUCACCUUAAAGCGCGUUUUCUCCAGGAUCUUGAAGGUGCGCAGGAGCAGGUGCGUCGCACCUGUCUGCACAGCCAAGAAUGGCAUCUACUAUAGAGAGAAAAACACUGGAAGCCAAUGAGGAGCCAGUGGACGAGGUUCUCCAAAUGCCCCCGUCCCUGCUGACAUGCGGUGGGUGUCAGCAGAGCAUCGGCGACAGGUUCUUCCUGAAGGCCAUCGAGCAGUACUGGCACGAGGACUGCCUGAGCUGCGACCUCUGUGGCUGUCGGCUGGGCGAGGUGGGCCGUCGCCUCUACUACAAGCUGGGAAGAAAACUCUGUCGACGAGAUUAUCUAAGGCUUUUCGGUCAGGAUGGCCUCUGUGCUUCUUGUGAGAAGAGGAUCCGGGCGUUCGAGAUGACCAUGCGCGUGCGGGACAAGGUUUACCACCUCGAGUGCUUCAAAUGCGCCGCCUGCCAGAAGCACUUCUGUGUGGGGGAUCGCUACCUUCUCAUCAACUCAGACAUUGUGUGCGAGCAGGACAUCUUUGAGUGGACCAAGCUCAGCGGCAGCAGUAUGGUUUAGGAUCCGUCCGGUCUUGACAGAAACGGACCGUUGAUGAACGGCUGGCUUGAUGCUUCACACGGAGUCAUGAGAGCACAGGACGAGAGAAGCUUCAUUUCAGCAUUUUCUGCAUGCAGACUGAUGAAGACUACAUUUAUAAAGUGUUUCUUUUUCAUAACUUACGCAAAAGAAAAAAGAAGUGCACAUCAGUAAUUUGUUAUACACUGAAAAGUUUUUGAAUUUUACAAAUAUUAAGCGUCUUUC